ACAUAUAUAAGGGCAGCCAUUCUGGUACAGAAUCAUUCCAACUUCAAAGGUGGUUGUGAGAACACGCUUAGGCGAAAUUCACUAGGCGAGUACUGGUAACAGCAGCGCUAAGUCAGUUCGUUUGAGAUCUCUUAUAGUUAUAAUACAUCAUGCAGUCGAUGAUCAUUCUUGCCGCUUCCCUCUGUCUGGCUCACGCUUCAUACUAUGCGGGACCACCAGCAGCCAUUCAACUAAGCCAUGAUGGUAAAUAUGUGCUCGACACUCCCGAGGUCGCGCACGCUAAAGCCGCCCACUUAGCUGCGCAUGCCCAGGCUAGCACCGCACAAGGAGCGUGGGCGCCGUCCGCUGGAUACAUCGCAGGACCCGUUUACGGACCCGCUGGACAUUAUGGCGCACCCGGUGCGGGACUCGCCAAAUACGGUCCUGCUCCUCUCGCUCACGAUGGUCGCGUCAUUGACACUCCUGAGGUCGCCCACCUGAAGGCCGCUCACAUCGCUGCCCAUUCCGUCGCUGCCGCUAAGGCCGCUCAGGGUGCCUAUGCUGGUAUUGGAGCCGGAUACGGUGCUGGUUACGGUGCAGGUGUCGGUGCCGGAUACGGAGCUGGCUACGCCGGCGGAUACGGCAAAUGGAACGGCCCUCAAGCCAACAUCCAACUCACCCAUGACGGCCAAUACGUUGUAGACACCCCUGAGGUCCAACACGCAAGGUCAGCCCAUCUUCACCAGUACGCUGCCGCCGCACAGGCAGCAGCGGCCGCGCCCGAAGGACCCUGGGAAGGCCACGGAGCUCACGGAUGGCACUGAAUUCUACCUCGGACCCCGGCUUCCGCUCUGCAAGAUUUUUUUGUAUAAAAGUCAUAGAAAAAUCUAAAAAAAAUAUAUUACUGUAUAAAGCUGUACCUGUGCUUUGCGAAACUGCGAGCGUUUUUGUACUUAAAGAAUAAAAUCUUAUGUUACAAAUUA